AUGUCGCUGCAGGACUUAGAAGCCAUGACGCUCGUCGAACGCGUGGCCGACAAUGUCGAGAAGCCGGUCGUCGACGACCGGUCCUAUCGAGUUAUUAAGCUGGCCAACAAGCUCGAGGCACUGCUCGUUCACGACCCCAACACGGACAAAGCUAGUGCUUCUGUCAAUGUCAAUGUUGGCAAUUUUUCCGAUGCUGACGAUAUGCCGGGUAUGGCCCAUGCUGUCGAGCAUCUGCUGUUCAUGGGAACCGAAAAGUACCCUGGAGAAAAUGACUAUAAUCAGUACCUUGCAGCCCAUUCUGGUCAUUCGAAUGCCUACACGGCCGCCACCGAGACAAACUAUUACUUUGAGGUAGCUGCUACAGCUCACUCGCAUCCAGUGGAUGCCGAACCCGCCGUGGUACCGACUCCAUCGGAAACCCCCGCUCCUCUUGGCCCCCUGGUCGAUAGGAGAUCUAGCACAGUCGAGGAGAGCGCUUCCACCACCAACAGCCCUGAAUCUCCGCUCUUUGGUGCUUUGGACCGAUUUGCUCAGUUCUUCAUCUGCCCUCUUUUUCUUCCUUCAACUUUGGAGCGUGAACUCCGUGCUGUUGACUCGGAAAACAAAAAGAAUCUCCAAAGUGACCCUUGGAGGCUCUCGCAAUUGAACAAGUCUCUUUCCAAUCCCAACCAUCCUUACCACCAUUUCUCCACGGGUAAUUUGCAAACCCUUUUGGAAGAGCCCCAGAAACGUGGAUUGGAUGUACGGCAGGAAUUCAUUGAUUUCCAUACAAAACAUUAUUCGUCGAACCGCAUGAAACUCGUGGUGCUAGGAAGGGAGUCAUUGGAUCAACUAGAACGUUGGGUGAUUCACCUCUUUUCCGAUGUCAAGAAUAAAGAGCUUUCUCAAAACCGCUGGGAUGAUGUGCAGCCAUUCGCACCAGAUGAUAUGCGGAAAAUCAUCUAUGCCAAACCUGUUAUGGAUAUGCGAUCUCUGGACAUAUUUUUUGUCUACCAAGAUGAAGAGUUCAUGUACGAUUCUCAACCCAGCAGAUAUAUUAGCCAUUUGAUCGGACACGAGGGUCCAGGCAGUAUCCUUGCUCAUAUUAAAGCUAAGGGCUGGGCAACUGAGUUAUCCGCGGGCCCUAUUCCCGUUUGCCCAGGCUCUUCGUUCUUUAAUAUCUCCGUCCGCCUGACAGAGGACGGCCUGCAUCAUUACGAAGAUGUAGUCAAGGUUAUCUUUCAGUAUAUCUCUCUGGUUAAGGAAAACGCCCCGGAAGAGUGGAUUUUCGAGGAGAUGAAGAAUCUUUCUGAGGUUGACUUCCGAUUCAAACAGAAGUCGCCUGCUAGCCGAUUUACAAGCAGCCUUAGUAGCGUUAUGCAGAGGCCAUAUCCUCGAGAAUGGCUAAUUAGCAGUUCUUUGCUUCGAAAAUUUGAGCCUGAACUCAUCACAAAGGGGUUAACUUACCUCAAUGCAGACAACUUCAAUAUUGAGUUAAUAUCCCAGAAGUAUCCUGGUGAUUGGGAUCGAAAAGAAAAGUGGUACGGCACUGAAUACAAGGUUGAGCCGAUUUCUGAUAAUGUACUCUCUGAAAUCCGUUCAAUGCUUGAAUCGCCCUCUACAGGCAAUGUUUCUGAAUUACAUUUGCCUCACCGAAACGAAUUCGUGCCUACUAGAUUGGAUGUGGAGAAAAAGGAAGUGGAAAAGCCAACCCAAGUCCCCAGCCUGAUUCGAAAUGAUGACCGCGUCCGAACAUGGUUUAAAAAGGACGAUACGUUUUGGGUGCCCAAAGCUGCGGUGGAAAUCACAAUGCGAAACCCACUCGUAUACGCAACUCCAGGAAAUAAUGUUAAAACUAGACUUUAUUGUGAAUUGGUUAGAGAUGCUCUAACGGAAUAUUCCUACGAUGCAGAACUAGCUGGUUUGGAUUAUGACCUGACCCCAAGUGUUUUCGGCCUUGAUGUUUCAAUCGCUGGCUACAAUGAUAAAAUGUCCGUUCUCCUUGAAAAAGUUUUACACAGCAUGAGAGAUCUUGAAGUUCGACCUGAGCGUUUCAAGAUUAUUAAAGAGCGAUUGGCUAGAGGGUUCCGGAACGCUGAAUACCAAUUGCCGUACUAUCAAGUUGGAAGCUACACUCGACUUUUAACGGCGGAAAAAGCGUUCAUCAACCAGCAACUUGCAGAUGAACUGGAGCAUAUCGAAGCUGAAGACGUUGCCGCUUUCUUCCCUCAAAUCUUGCGCCAGAACCACGUCGAAGUUUUGGCUCACGGAAAUAUCUACAAGGAAGACGCACUUCAGCUUACAGACCUUGUCGAGUCUACGUUCAAGGCCCGUCCGUUGCCCCGCUCCCAAUGGCAUGUUCGACGAAACCUGAUCAUUCCACCUGGAAGCAAUUAUAUCUAUGAACAUACAUUAAAGGAUCCAGCCAAUGUGAACCAUUGCAUUGAAUAUUACCUCUUUGUCGGAGACUUAACCGAUCCCACGUUGCGUGCCAAAAUCCAGCUUUUUGCCCAAAUGGCUAGUGAGCCGGCUUUUGACCAACUUCGCACAAAGGAACAGUUAGGGUAUGUUGUUUGGAGUGGCUCUCGCUUCUCUGCCACUACUCUUGGCUACCGUGUGAUUAUUCAGAGUGAACGGGAUUGUGACUACCUUGAGACUCGUAUCGACGCUUUCCUAUCUAGAUUUGCCGCGACCCUCGAAAGCAUGACCGAUAGUGUGUUCGAAGCACAUAAGCGCAGUGUUAUCAACAAGAGACUUGAGAAACUCAAGAAUCUCUCUUCUGAGAUUGGUCGGUAUUGGGCCCAUAUAGGAUCUGAAUAUUACGACUUCUUGCAGCAUGAGACCGAUGCCGAAGCCGUCAAACCCCUCACAAAGGCCGACAUUAUUGAAUUCUAUCGGGAGUUUAUUGACCCUGAAUCUCAUUCACGAGCAAAGCUUGCUGUUCAUAUGAAAGCACAGGCAACGGCUGAGUCUGUUUCACCGGUACCACAGAAAGAUGCUGUUAUUGAGGGAAUCAACAAAUUUUUGAAAUCAGCUGGUAUUGACGUUGAAACCGAAAAAAUGAAACUGGCUUUUGAAAGCGUGACUAUUUCAAAAGAGAAUAUUGGCACUAUCACAGAGACUAUGAAAAGCUUCUUGACAACGGAGAUGGGUUUGGUCGAGGAGCAAGUUUUGUCUCUUAUUGAACGCGGUACCCAGGUCCUCGAGGGCUUAUUCUCCGGUGAUAACGCUAACGCAACCCUAACUAACGGUGAAGGUGACCCGAAGGCCGCUCCAGCUAAUGGUGUCAACGGCAUCAAUGGCGGAGAAUCCAAGAAGCCCGUCUAUAUCACUAGCAUUCCGGAGUUCAAAGCUCGCCUAUCUGUUAGCCCAGCCGCUUCGCCCAUCGUUGAUUUGAGCGAGUAUGAAGAUUUUGAACCGAAACUUUGA